CUGCUAACCCUAACAGCCUGACACACACAGGAGACUAUACGCCAAGGGACACAUCCUCUGCCUUGGAGUCAUGACCAAAGAGAUUGAGACUCUGGGAUUGGGCAUUCAAAACGAGAACUUUAACUACCAGCGUUUCAGUAACCUCAUCAUGGACUCCUGGGCCUACACAGACAACUUGCUCUCCUACGAACAGACCAAGACACCCAAAGAACAGAAAGUAGUGCCAUGUAGCAGAAACAGCAGUACGUACAAGCAACCCGACAGGCCAUUGACUAGUUCCUCCACCGAGCUGGUCACCCUGGAGGCGCCCGUCAACAUAAUGAAGCUACUGUCCGAGAACAUUUCCUCUAGCCACCCCCAUGAGGUGAUGGACAUCAACAACAAGCUGUCAAACCUCUGCUCUCCCGCCAAUCCUCAAAUCGCCGGCCCCUUGACUUCCGGCACUGACCACUACGACAAGCAGGUCAUCAACAACAUCUUCGACUCCCUGCUCUCCCAGAAAUGGCCGACAGAGACCGCCUUCCCCGAGGCCUCCGCUGAGGUUCUACCCUUCAGUGAUUCUUUUCCGGAGCAGUCCAGCCCAGUUUACUCUGACUCCUACACCAACUCCCCACCAGAGAAGUACAGGAACGACUUCCAAUUCAUCUUAGGAGCCCCUCAAGCCUCCCAGCACAAGUCGGCCGAGCUGCCGAUGGUCUACCUCAACAAGGGCCAAUUCUACCCCAUCUCCCUCCAGGGGGUGGAAAGCCUUUCCACCAAUAAAGUCAAAACGGUGGUCAUGGCUGUGUUUGAAAACGACAAGAGCGCGGAGAUACAGCUGAGGUGCUGGAACCACUGGCAUGCGAGGCAGCCAACUGUCAAGCAGAGGGUCAUUGAUAUCGCCGACUACAAGGAGGUGUUCAGUGGGAUCAGCCACGUUGAGGAGGUGGCUUUCAAUGCUCUGUCCUUCAUCUGGAACCCCAACGAGGAGGCCAAGGUUUAUAUUGGCAUCAACUCUCUGAGCACCGACUUCUCCUCUCAGAAGGGCGUAAAGGGGCUCCCUCUGAACCUCCAGAUCGACACCUACGAUUUCAGCACCGGUACCAACCGCCUGAUCCACAGAGCCGCCUGCCAGGUGAAGAUCUUCUGUGAUAAGGGCGCAGAGAGGAAGAUGAGGGAUGAGGAGAGGAAACGAAGCAAGAGGAGAGGAAAGACCACCAUUGACUCUGGCAACAACGGCAAGAAGUCAGUAGUGUCCAGCUCCAUGGGGAGUGACAGCACCUUCUUCAAGACCCUGGAUGACCACGUGACCAACCCUGUCCUCUUCAUCCCAGAAAUUCACCUGUCUAACAUGCAACGCUGUGGCCUGGCGCCACCCACGACACUAGAAGAAGUGGAGAGGAACUCACUGAAAAGAAUGUACCCAGAUAGGGUAGAACCGGUCAGCGUUAGCCCGCCUCCAAGCAAACAGACCCGAUGGGACGAGAAACAGCGAGUUCUCCUCUACGUGAGAACAGCGACCGAGGAGGUGUUUGACGCCCUCAUGCUCAACACCCCAACACUGAAAGGACUGAGGCAAGCGAUAUCUGAAAAAUAUUGCAUGCAAGAGGACACCAUUGGGAAAAUCUACAAGAAAUGCAAAAGAGGGAUUUACGUCAAUAUGGAUGACAACAUUAUCGAGCAUUACAGCAACCACUCAGCAUUCCUCAUAGAGAUCUCUGAAGUCAUGGGCGGUCAGUUUCAGGUGACCCUCAUGGAGUUAUAAAGAAAGGUUGGCCAUAUUCUAUGUACAGCCCACCCACUGGAAAUGUCUAGCCAAUCAAACUGCCUGCCGAUAUCAACCAAUCAAGCACUGCCAUUUGAGAGACUCUAUUGGCCAGGCCAACAGGAAAAAAGACCAAUGGAGCAAAAUAAGACAAGCUUCACUAGUUCCACAAUCAAACUUCAGACCAAAUCACUGCCUCUGUAAAUACAAUUUCACUUCCUUGUAAUUUUUUUCCUGUGGUAAAUAUUGUAAAACAUGUGAGUGAUUAUGAUAAAGAUGUUGUACAUACUUAAUGUAAAUAGAAAUAAAUAUAACAUAUGAGUUGUCAUUGAAGAGAAAUACAUUAGCGCUACCCAUUUUUCACCAACAUACUUAUUUCAAUUUCAGCUGCUUGUCAUGUGCUUAUCAUUUCUUCCAAGUGAUCACAAACAAUGGAAAUGGUGCCAGUGUAUUGCAUUAUAAUGUAUAUUUUUUAUUUUUUACUUCUUAUGUUUGCUGUAAAAGCACUGCCAAUAGUAUAAUGCUUCAGCCUGCCUAUUAUUUUCACACUCUAGAAAUGUCCAAACACAGGGUCAUUUCUAGAACCGAAGUCUCACAUUUCCCAGUGAGUAUUGCCUUCAUAAAAUCCUGAUCGGCACUCUCACAGUAGAGGACUGCAUACAUUUCUGGGUCGUAUUGUGUGACAAUGUAGUUUUUCGUAAAGCCACUGCCAUUGAACUAUGUGGUCCCUUAUCAACUCCUGUCAAAAUCUUUCAUUUAAGUUUUUUUUGAAAAGGCUUUUGGUUUUUACUUUGUUUCUGCAACAUUUCAGUGCUGUAGCUACAGUGUGUCCCUGUACUAUAUGUUAUGAUUUUAUUACGGCAAUUCUUUUGUAUUGAUACUUGUAGUUGUUGGUUUUUUUUCACAA